CGGUCGUCACUUUACACCGGAUGAUUACAACCACGAUACCGUGCUAAUGCAACGGUUUGGAGGCAGCACGAAGAAUUUUCACCUCAGAGGCGAGGCCCUACCGUCUUUGUUCCUUCCCGUUGCAAAGGGUCAUACACCACCUCGGGAAAGCGUGACAGAUCGUGUCGAUGUAUUGAAAACCUCCGCCAGCCAGACAGCCACAAGAAAAACCACAAGAACAGUGGAAACCCAGACGACACCAGAAUGCCAGUCUGUUGCCACGCAGGUGCAAAUGACCAUGAAAAUCAUGGUUUCCACAGCGACACAGACGAAGCAUCCCUCCACCACACAAAGUGCAGUGCUGAAUCAGCGUGAAGCUGCAUGCCCUGAAGCCCAAAGAGACACUGCAAUACAAGUCACCCCACUACCAUUGCUCCCAGCAGACUUCAGACCUCUCCGUGGUUCAACGCCUGUGCCAAUGGAGAUGGAUGACUCUUGUGCAGGUGAUGAAGACGAGCCAGCAGCUCAAGAAGACACCAGCUAUGUGCCAUCAUUCAGCGAGAGCUUCUUCAGUGCUCACCAUGAGAGUUCAGAAGUCCCCACAAGGGUAGAAGAGCCCUUGCACACUGAACGAAAGUUCAUUGUCUUUGAGAGCUGCCUGCGGGAAUUGCUCACCACCUGCAAGGUCUGUGGCCAAGCAGUAGGCGACAUCAGCUCCAAGGUUGUGGGCACUUUGCUCAUAGUGGAGGGCAUGUGUGACAAAGAACACAUGCUCCAGUGGAGGAGCCAGCCACUUGUUCGUGGGAGUGGAGCUGGAAACAUUCUUCUGGCAGCAGGAGUGCUAUUUUCUGGCUGUGCAGUGGCUGCGACCUUGAGGUGCCUAAAUUCUAUCGGCGUGCAGACCAUCACAGAACGGACCUUCUACAACUACCAGAGGGCCUACUUGCUGCCUGCCAUAAACGAGCUUUUCCACCGUAAGCAAGCUGAAAUGGCCAGUGAGCUUGCUGGCUUGCAAGUCGACCUGGCAGGUGACGGGCGCUGUGACUCUCCAGGCUACAGUGCCAAGUACAUGACAUACAGUGUGCUUUCUAUGCAGAAUGGCUGCAUUUUGCACACAGAACAAGUGCAAGUUGGAGAGUCGCCUGAAGUCCCUAACAGUGUUUCUAUGGAAAAACAAGGGCUUGCCAAGUGCUUGAUGGGUGUCGAGAAGCUGGGCAUCAGGAUACGUUCGCUGACAACAGACCGACAUCCUGGUGUCAACCGGUACUGCCGCGUGGAGAAGCCAGAGAUUAAGCACUGGUUUGAUACUUGGCAUGUUGCUAAAGGUCUGAAAAAAAAGCUCCUGGCUGCUAGCCGCACACAUCAAGUUAUCACACCUUGGAUCCAAAGCAUCCUAAACCACCUCUACUGGGUGGCUGCCAUGGGCCAAGGUGAUGGUGAGCUUGUCAUCAGCAUGUGGAGAAGCCUGCUCAACCACGUGUGCAACAAACACGAUGGCCAUGAUGGGCCCUACAAAAAAUGCCUCCAUGACUCCCUUGACGACAGGGAAUGGUUGAGACCAGCAUCACCUGCAUUUCUUCGUCUCAAAACCAUUGUCGACAAUGCGAGACUACUGAAGGAUAUCCGCCGGCUCUCUCCUGAGGUGCAAACGUUUUCAUUGGAGUCCUUCCACAGCGUGCUGAAUCGGUUUGCUCCAAAGUCCAAUGCCUUCUCAGUGGACGGAAUGCAAGAGAGAACGAGGCUCGCUGUGCUGCACUUCAACGAGAAUGCUGCACGGCACCAAGCACUCACUCAGGAUGGAGAGCAGCGGUGGAAGAUUAAAUCUUCCAAGGCAAGGCGAGGCCACUUCACUGUGACUACAGUGAAAGAGGACCCAAGCUACGGAUACGUUGAUGACCUCAUGCAAGAUGUGGUCGAGCGCUGCGAACAUUCUUCAUAUAAGGAGAGCUUUCUGAGCUGUGAAAAGUCUCCACCGUGCUACAUGUCACUUGGUUUUGAAAGACCAUCAAAGCAGGAGCUCAUCGCACAAAGGCGCACUCGCUUCCCAGUGGCAUCAACAUUAAGCAAUAGCAGCUAGACAGCCACCACAGUUUGUGUGAACUGGGCUAAUGCACUCAGACAGCCAUAAAGAACUUGGCGUGUCAAGAGAGCUUUGGAGACCACAUGACAGUACAAUUCAAGUGUACACACACAUCCGCAAUGCAGUCACAAUGAUUUAUUUGAACCACACCAACGCCUCCGUGGUCAAGUAUGCGCUGGUCUGUUGAGAGUACACACAUGAAGAGAACCACUUGGCUAAACGAAGUCAGGUAGCCACCUUUCCUUGGGACAGCAUGAAAGACUUGGCAUUUCAAGGGAGCUUUGCAGACCACUGCAUUGGCUGUGCGCCAUAUUUAGGCCAGCAACGCUGCCUGGCGGGCACCACAUGGCCUGAUGCUAUAUUGCUGCGACCCCCACUGCAUUGAGCCAUGAUAGUGAUGACAAAGACGAUCAGAUGCCAGCAACGUCGCACAUACUUUCCGCAAAGAAAUCCUGCAGGCUUGCCCCGACAAAGCCCCCUCACGACACCUCGGCUACACAAGGACAUUGGCACGAGUCAAAAACAAAUAUUACUGGCCAAAGCAUGCAGCCGAUGUGAAGCAUUACAUCAGAACUUGCCUUGACUGUCAGUGACGCAAAGUACAACCCACUAAACCCGCUGGGCUCUUACACCACGUUGCAGUGCCGGUGUUGCCGUUUGCGCAAAUUGGAAUGCACCUUCUAGGCCCAUUUCUGACAUCUGCCAGCAGAAAUAAAUGGGUCAUAGUUGCGACAGACUACCUCACGAGGUACACAGAAGCCAAGGCACUUCCGAGUGACAUGGCAGCUGAAGUGGCAUAACGUUUCAUUGAGAACAUCGUCAUAAGACAUGGUGCUACAGCUGUCAUAACAGACAGAGGAACCGCUUUCACAGCUGAGCUUUUGAGAAGUGUGCUCAGGCUCAGCGGCAAGGCCCAUAGGAGGACAACAGCCUACCAUCCUCAAACAAAUGGGCUUACAGAACGACUCAACAAGACCCUCGCUGACAUGCUCUGUAUGUACGUCAAUGUGGAACACAAGAAUUGGGACAAUAUACUGCCAUAUGUCACAUUUUCGUAUGAUACGACACGGCAGGAAACAACAAGAACGACGCCAUUCGGUCCUCUCCACGGUCGAGAAGUAACGACGAUGCUUGAUGCCAUGCUGCC